AUGAAGAGAACAAGAGACGUCCCUUCUCACUUUCUCCAUCAAUCCUCUGUUUAUGAUGAUGCUGAUUAUUUCUCUUCGGAAUCUGGAGAGUUUCAGCCGCCGCCGUCGCCGGAAAGGAAGCACUUUUGUGUGAUUUGCAACAAACAGUUUAGCUCCGGGAAGGCUUACGGUGGCCAUGUGAGAAUCCACUCGACGGAGUACAACAACAAAGGAAAGAAAAAGAAGAUGAAGAUGAAGAUGAAGAUGAAGAAGAAGAGAAAGAUUGGUCUGGAGAAAAAGGAGAAGGAGAAGGAGAAGGAGAAAGAGGUAGAUCUGAUUAGGGCUGACGUGGAAGGUAAGAUUAAGUGUUGUCUAUGUCGUAAAGAGUUUCAAACAAUGCACUCUUUGUUUGGACAUAUGAGGAGACAUCCUGAUCGGAGCUGGAAAGGGAUACGACCUCCUCCUUCACCGAAGAAGUUCAAUUUCAGCUUUAUGGAUGAUUCUAAUGAUGAUGAAGAUGAUGAUGAUGAUGAUGUGAUGAGUAGAUCCAUGAUGAUGAUUGAUGUAACAGAGGAUGUUCAAGAAGCUGCCUGUUGUCUAAUGAUGCUCAAUUACGCUACGGUGAUGAAGAAAUCAGGCGUGGAAACACCAAACUCCGAGGUAAGAAGUUCGAGUUGUUAUAAUGGAAAAGAAAAGGGAAAGAGAGAUGGUGAAAUGGGUGAUCAAGGUUUGAUUAUAGAUAUGAAGAUAAAGAUGGAAUUUGAUCUGAAGGUGAAUAGUCCACAUGAUGAUGAAGCUAAGAGAUCCUUAGGGUUUGAUUUGAAUCAGCCUUACCAUGAAGAUCAUCCUUAUUCGUACUGGAACUAG